ACACACAGGAAGGGAGAGCGGUUGCUGAGCACACCCAGGAACACACGCCUGUGUCUGUAUUACACACAAUGCUAGAUCCAUGCACUGCACUCUGUAGCAACACAACACAGCCAUCUGCAUGACACUGCGCUGGACACGACAGCUGACAGGCUUUCACCACUUAACGUAACAAUGGAGCACUACAAGAUUCUCAAUGUUAUUGGAGAGGGAUCAUUCGGAAGAGCAAUUUUAGUUUGCCACCAAAACACUAAUCACAAUUACGUCAUGAAAGAAGUACGACUUCCAAAGUCCUCAGGGGCAAGUCAGGAUUCCAGACAAGAAGCCAUUCUUCUGGCAAAGAUGAAACACCCGAAUAUUGUGAAAUUCAAAGAGUCAUUUGAAGAGAAUGGCCAUCUGUUCAUAGUGAUGGAGUAUUGCGAAGAAGGUGACCUGCUGGCAACCAUUAAACAUCAGAGGGGAAAACUUUUUUCUGAACAGACUAUUGUGCAGUGGUUUGUACAGAUGUGCCUGGCAGUGCAACACAUUCAUGAGAAACGCGUCCUACACAGAGAUAUUAAGUCCAAGAAUAUUUUUCUAACACAAAGCAGAACGAUAAAGCUGGGAGAUUUUGGAUCAGCACGUAUUCUCAGCAGUCCAAUGGCUCAUGCAUGCACGUAUGUUGGAACACCUUAUUAUGUGCCACCGGAAAUUUGGGAAAACAUACCAUAUAAUAACAAAAGUGAUAUCUGGUCAUUGGGAUGUGUGUUAUAUGAAAUCUGUACCCUAAAACAUCCAUUUCAGGCAGGAAGCUGGAAAAAUCUAAUAUUGAAGAUAUGCCAUGGAUCUUACAGUCCACUUCCUUCACAAUACUCCUAUGAACUACGUAGUCUCAUCAGACAGAUGUUCCGCAAAGACCCACGUCAGCGGCCUUCAGCAAAUACCAUAUUGACCAGAAGGGGCCUACUGAAAGUGGUCAAAUCUAUUGUGGUUACUCAGACAGAUGACGAGUUGUCUGAAAACUUUCCACAAGAUGAACUGGCUUCAGUCCUCCAGCACAUAAAUGAACCACCAGCACCUCUGGAAGAUGCCCAGCCCUCCAAAGCUCCCUGUUCAAGAAGACAACAGUGGAAGAAGGAACCCACAGACACAGUUGUAAAUGUUCUGAAGGAGGCCACCAGCCUCACAUCUAGCAUAGAGUCUAACAGAAGUGUGGGAGGCAAUGUUAUCAAUUAUAAACUGAAGGAGCAGAGAAAAAAGUGGAAAAAGGAGACACCUGAAUCAUUGCUUAAUAUCUUAAAUAACGCUGACCUCACCACAGCAUUUAAAACAUACACCAUCUAUAGGUCAAAACCUUCAGAAGAAUGUCUGAAGGGACCACUUAGCACUGACGUUCGAGGACCAGAUGCCACAGACAGCAGAGAGGAGGAGAUUUCCAUGGAUCCUGAAAGAUUGCAGUCGAGAUCUGAUGAUGAAGACACAGAUUUUGAGGAAGAGGAUAUGGACACAGAUUGGCUAUCAGAGCUGAAAAGGGUGACAGAGGCUCAGUCUUAAAGAGCAUCUACAAAAGUAGUAAAGACAUUCUGUGGAAUAGGGCACUGCGAUGGACACAACACUUGUUUAUUCCAAUGAUGAAGGUUUUAGUUCGGUAUACACAAUAACUAUAUCUCUGCAAUGUACAUUUCCCCAAAAUUGCUGCAAGUAGAGAAAAAUACAAGUUGAGUUGCCAUCAAUCCAUUGUUGUUACUUUCAUAGUGCCUUUGUUGGACUGAAAUCCCAACCAGCAUUGCAAGCCCUACCUGCUGAACUACAGAACUCUACCUAUCCCUCAACCCUUUCUGCCUCUCUCCACCUGCAUGCAUUGAUUUAAGUCCUAUCAAAACAAUGCUGCUACCUUGACUCUCAAAAGCCUUACCCACACACUGUGUGUAGGGUAUGGGCUCAAGAUAUGUACAGUAAGUUCUGGGGACAACAGGAACUGAAUUGCUGACAGCUGCCCCUGCAGGAAUUUUACAGAUCUGGUGAUAUUAUAGAAAGUAAUAAAAGUAAUUUUCACUACAGGAACAAGUUAAAAGAAAAACAUAAUGCUGAUACAUGAUCUACAGGAAUAGAGGGAGGUUUGGGGUUACAUUUGUGUAAUGCCUGGACAGACACUUCAAGGCUAACUCUUCUCUUGCUUGCUUGUUAAGAUGUCUAUCAAGUAACAAUUACUGUAGAUGUGGAAGAGCUAGUUGUGACAGACUUGGUUAACUUGACCAAAUCUAAAAACUACAGUGCAUCUUGUGGGACUUUCAAAGCCCUGUCAAUGGUCACUCUAUUGCCUGUACUUGGGACCCAAGGGGCUCCACAGGGACUCCUCCCAACUGGUCCAGCAGUAUAAUGGGCGGCAUCACAAAGCGAGGAAUGGACCAAAGCUCCACUAGAUUUAGUUGGUAUUUGCAGAAGUCUUGAAGGCAUCUGUGGGUUUCUCAAUUUUUAUUUACAUUUUCAGUUUAGUCACUUUAUAGUACUGGAAAGUUUACUCUAAGCAGUAUUUGAAGUACAUCUUGAUAUUACCCUUUCAAGGUAAUAAAACAACUAUCACUACUGAAGGAUAACCAAUCCUCAUAUUGUGUUCCGGGGAGCACAUUGUUUGACACAUGGCAUUCUGCUGUCCUCUUGUCACUAAAGCCAGCCAUAGAUGACAUGAUUUUCUUUGAUUACCCCAUCAACACAGUCAGUGUUGAUGGAGGAAUUCCUCUUGCAGAGCUAUUAUGUAGUCCCGACGAGGGGGGCACAAGGAGCCACCCCUGCCGGAAGAACACAGUGAUUAUUGCUUGUGGCUAUAAAAGCUGGCAAUAAUCGCAUCUUAAAAAUACGACAUGCUGGUUGUACAAUCAGCCUGCCCAUACGUGGUUUGAAUCGAAUCGUCUAUGGAACCUACUUUAGUCCCUGUCCCCCAUGUUCCCCCCCCCUAAAUAUGAAAGCUGGAGACGCCACUGAUGGCCAGCUUAAGGAAUUGAAUGCUGGCAGGACAUGACAGAGCGUAAAGUUUACUAGUGGCCGGUGGCCAAGAUACCUUCUUUGUAUUCUUUACAUCUACAGCAGAAAUCGGAAUGAAGGAGCUUCAAACUGGACAACUCAUAGGACAUUAUUUGCUGUAUUCUAUGCUUUUAAUAAAAAAAAAUUAACUUCUUUUUCAAUACUUAAA